AAGAGGCGGAGACUCUCUGGUUUGAGUUUACAUGAGUCCGGUUGCGGAUUCCCGUCUCAACUCAGUCUGUGGUUACUACCUCCGGAAAGCUAAGUGCAGAACUCGAUUUCCAAAUCCAGUGGGCUUUUCUUCAGCUGUGAGGGACUGCUACAAGGAAACUGAGUAUGAAGAGACACAUUUGCUUUAUGUUGCUUUUUAUUGCUGCCACCGUCCCAGUGUAUGUUGUGGGAUAUUCUCAUGGGCGAGUCAGUAGUGCCUGUGCUACCAUGCGUCCCAGCCAUUCUGGAAAUAAUGCACAAUCAACAAAUCCACCUUAUCAAGUCAUUGCAAAUAGCAGCACUUUUAACCCAGGGGAUACAAUCCAAGUGACACUGCGAAGCAAUCCAGGGACGACCUUCAAAGGAUUUUUGCUGGAGGCUCGAGCAGCUGCAUCUUCAUCAUCUUCAACACCACUUGGCACCUUCACUGAAAUGAUUGCAGAUGCUCAACUCCUCAACUGCAGUAUUAGUGGGACUACCUACACGAAUUCUGCUGUAAGUCAUACAUCAGCAAGUGAGAAAACAGAGAUCGCUGUCAAUUGGAUUGCUUCGGAUACGGGCAACAUUCAAUUCAGCGCUACUUUUGUGCAAACGUUUGCAACGUUUUGGAUGGAUGUCAGGAGUCAGACCAUUGAAAGAUCUGCCAGCAAUGUAUCUCCUACCAUGGCCACUUCUCUGAACACUGUCACUCUAUCUCAGGGGAUUUCUAGUAAUGGAUGCGGCAGCACCAAGUUUUGCUUCAGUAACCCUGCAGAGUGCAAUCCAGCCAGUGAUCAGGACUGUUUCUUUAUGUCGUCCACUCCAAAGGGUAGCCAAGGCUUGCAAUUUGAAAUGAGUGGGAGGUCACCUGGCUACAUCUCGAUUGGUUUUUCAGAUGACCAGCAAAUGGGCAAUGAUGAUAUCUACAUUUGUGGUAAGGACAUCUCUGGUAAUAUACAAGUACAGCGUGCCUAUUCCACAGGAAGAGUACGUCCUCGCACAGAGCAGCUGGGUGAAGUGGACACUAUAGAUGUUGCUAAUGAAAAUGGAAUCAUUCAGUGCACAUUCAACACAAGAAACAACAUAUCAACCGUACAAAGAGCUGCCAAUAAUCAGUACUACUUAUUCUUUGCGUAUGGUCCUUCUGCCAGUGGGCAAAUAGAACUGCAUUCAGAGAUUCCAUUCAUCUCAACCGAGAAAGUGGAUGUUACAGUUGUACAGUUAGUUGUCGGGAAAAACAACAGAUCAAUCCUCAUCAAGACUCACGGUGCAUUGAUGUUAAUAGCCUGGAUGACAGUUGGAAGCAUUGGCAUGAUAAUUGCUAAAUUCUUUAAGAGGCUUGGAGGCUCAAUGAAGAUUUUGGGCAAGAAAAUUUGGUUUCAACUUCAUUGGACUCUGAUGAUACUAACUGUUAUUACAACAAUCAUUGGCUUUGUGUUGGCUUUUGUGCAGGUGAAAGGGUGGAGUUACAGUGCAGGAGCUCAUCCUGUGUUGGGGUGUAUUGUAAUGGGUCUAGCGCUGAUUCAACCCAGUGUAGCCUUUUUCAGGCCUUCACCGGAUCACAAGAGACGACACAUCUUUAACUUUUUUCACAAAUUCAUGGCUGUAACUAUUAAGAUUCUUGCAGUGGCAAGUCUAUUUCUUGGGAUCAGAUUGAUCGAAGGAACAGAAAAUACAUGGAUGCAGAAGGUCUUGGGAGGAUUUCUUGGAUGGGGAGGUCUGAUCUUUGUCCUGUUGUUAAAAUGCCGCUAUUUUAAAGAAGAUUGGUACGUUGCCUGCCAGGAAAAGGUGGCACUUGACUUGGUCAUUCUGAUUGUGUACCUAUGUGGAAACUUGGCAUUUCUGAUAGCUCUCCUCGUUGGAAUUGGGCAGACUUAAAAUCGCAUCUGGAAGUGAGACCACAAAGGAUUUUUAUUAACAUCAUCACUAAAACAGAUAUACAUGUAUAUUAAUAUGAUUGGUGCAACAUCAUAUCAGAGCAAACCUUGAGCCUGAGCUGUGUCCUAAAAUGUACAUCUCUCAGGACAAAAGAAAUGUAACAGGAGUACAAAACAGCUCCAUAUUCGCAGAAAAUUUGAUUGUGAAACAUAAUUAUUUUGUUCAAAUUAUCUUAACUCCUCUGGUCUUUUGAUGCAAUAAUUCAAUGAAACAUUUUAUUAAAUCACUAAAUCCAGCCAUCAUUGCAUAAAACCCCAAAAUACAAUUAUAAAUUUUCCCUCAUUGAAAUGGUAGCAGUUAAUUAGAAGUAAUUACUAUGUGCAAAUGUAUUUUUUUUAGGGUUUAAUAUUUUCUAUAAAUAGUGUGUUGAUGGCAACAUCAAGGAAAUUUGUACACGAGUUACCAAGACAGAAUCACAGGAACCCAUACAGUGCAGGAAGAGACCAUUCAGCCCACUCUAUGAGCAUCAACUCUCUGAGCACUAUGGCUAAGCGCCAUUUUCCUGCCUUUUCCCCAUCAUCCGGAAUAUUGUUUUGAUUCAAAUGAUCAUCUAAUGUCCUCUUUAAUAUCUCCAAUUUAACCUGACUCUCAUCACAUUUCUAAUUAGUGUGUUCCAGACCCUAAGCUAUUUGCUGGUUUUUUCUUCACUCUGCUUACGUUUGCUGCUUUACAAAUUAUCUUUGUAUCUGUGGCCUCACUUUUACAAUCCUCUGGUGAAACAGAAGUUUAUCCAUCUUUAUUGUAAUCAGCUCCCUCAUGAUUUUAAAAAUAUAUCAAGAUCUUCUCCCCUCCAAGGAUAUCAACCUUAACUUCUACAAUCCAUCUUCAUGAUUGAAGUAUCUAAUUUCUAGAAUCAUUCUCAUAAACAGCUUCUGCAUUCUCGCCAGUGCACUCAGGCAGACAAUGGAAGUUGAAAUGGCAAAAACUGAAGUGAAACCUCAUGCAUCCAUUGGAGAUAAUGUAUCUCAAUGACAUCACUCUUGGUAUUAUCACACUUGUACUUUUAUAAGCAGAUGAAGGAAUUUUAAAGUGAAGUGAAUUUUGACUUUAAAUAUUUCACUUUUUACAAGAGUAUGAUUCCAUUUUCCCUUCCCUCUUUCUAUUAGUGACUCUUCCUCAUUCUUCUGAAUCAGUUAUUUGAAUAUCAGUCCAUAGGACAUUUAUCUGACUGAGUUGAACCUGACUAGCUAUUAAACAUACCUUAGCCUUUACUAUAACGUCUGUUUUGUGCAGUCAAGGCAUCAGAGCCAAGCUCUCUUUUACCUAAUGGCCAUAUGUACUUUCAAUAGUGCCAACUGUCCACCUUUUUGAGAAACGUGUCUCUUUUAACAUGAUUGUCAAAUAGAAUAAGCAGAAAAUACAUUGUUGCUCACCAUUUUAAACUUCUUUAUUAAUCGUUCACCAAAAAGAAACUGCAUGCCAAAGCUUGACUGUUAGCAACGCUUGAAAUGAAUCAAAAAUAUUUUGUUCAUAAAUUCCAAAGCCAUUGAGGUCAGUGUACUUUUAGUGAUUUGAUUCCAACUAUCUUUUUUUUAAAAUUGUUAAUAGUAAACUUACAAUUCUUAACUUAUCAAAAUAACUAUUUUUACUGCACAAUAGCAAACUAUGUGUGUAUAUAAUG